AUGACAAUAUGUUCAGGAUGUGGAAUAGUAACAGAUGUUACUAUUUGUUGCCCCAUUUGUCUAAAACAUAAUAAGAAAAUAUUUUAUUGUUCUCAAGAAUGCUAUGAAAAAAAUUACAAAGAUCAUAAAAAAAUUCAUUAUUUCAUUAAAAUAAUAAAUAGUGAAGAAAUGUAUAAGAUGAAUGAACAAAGUACAACCAAUGUAAAUGACAAUUUACCUGUUGUAAUUUUAAGUAAUGAAAAUGAAAGCGAAAAUGAAAAUAUAAAAAUUUUUCAAAAUGAUAAAAAUUCUCAUAAAAGAAAUAGUGUUGUAAAUGGAUAUAAUUCGAUUCCUAUUAAAAAUUGUGAAGAAACAAAUAUGUAUAAUAAUUUAAAAUACAAAAAUGUGAAAAAUAGUACUUUUGAAAAGAAAGAUAGAAAAAAAAAUUACAAUAAAUAUAAAAAUAUAACAAAUGACUAUUUGUUAAAUGAAAUGGAGGAAAAUAAUUCAAAAAAUUAUUUAAAAAAAGGUUCAUUUAAAAAUAAACUUUCUUAUAUAACUAAUAUUAUAUCAUAUUUAUUUUCUAACAAAUAUAACUUAAUUUUACCCUGUUAUGAUGAUGUAGAUUCAAAAUGUGAUAAAGGAGAUUUUAAAAAUUUAAAAAUUAAAAAUAAAUUAAGUGAUAAACAAAUGAAUGAACUUAAAAGACAAUUAAGAAUAAAGAAAGUUUUACAACUAAUAGUUCUUUUGAUGCUUAUUUCAAUAAUACUCAUUUUAUCAACUUACAUGUUUUCCAUUAUAUUAGAAAGUUCAAACAAAAAUAUAGAAAAUGUACCACAAAAUUUGAAAAAUAAAGGAGACAUAAACAGAAAUUCAGAUAUUUUAGAGCUAAAACAGUAUAUAAAAGUAAUUGAAGAUUUACGAAAAGAAAUAAAUGAGAUUAAAGAAGUUCUUUAUAUGCACAAUAUCUAUAUAAAUAAAAAUUUCAGUUUGAAUAACUCUUAUAAUAUAUUUAAUAAUUUUAAUAAAACAAAGCCAAAUACCUCUCAUCACAAUAAGAAACUGAUUGAUAAAACAAGUAGCUUAACAUCACAUAAUUAUUACAGUAAUUCUUAUUCUGAUGAAAACUAUAAUAAGACAAUACUUGAAGAAGAUAAUUCUCCUUUAAAGCAAUAUCAUUAUGAUGUAAAUGAUAUUAAUGAAUUAAAUUCAACUAAUAAUAAAGAUAUAAAUAAGGACAGUUAUAAUGAAUCUAACAAUAUUAAUGUUGAAAAAAAUAUUUCACCUGAUAAUACUCUACAUACUUAUAACGAUGAUAUUGAAAAUUUUUAUAACAGAAAUGAAAAAAAAAAUAGUGAUAUGAAUAAAAGUGAAAGUGAAAAUAAUUCAAAUGAAGAAGCAGAUAUGCAAAAUAAUCAAAAUUUUUUUACACAAAAUCAACCAUAUAAUGAAGAUAAUAGUAAUUUUAUAAAAAAUCAUGAACAAAAUGAAUAUGAAGAAGCAACAAUAAGUAAUAGAAUUGUGAAUGAAGAAAAAAUCAUAAGUUCAAAUAGUAUAGGAGAUAACAAUAGAACUAAAAAUGAAGUUUUGGAAAACGGAAAAUCACAGGAUUCAAGUUUAAUAUUUAAACAUGAAAUGAAAGAAAAACCUAAUGAAUAUUCUUCUAAAAUAGAAGAAAAUGAAAGAGAAAAAAACAAUAGAAAGAAUAUUGAUACAGAGGAAAAUUCAGAGAGAAAAUCUAUGAGUAGCAAAUUAAACAAAAAAAAGCAGAAAAUGAUUUAA